AUGGUAAGGAAGAGAGGGUCAUGGAUUGCACCUUCUAAGGACGCCAGGCCACAGAAUGAUCACUAUUAUAUUCCAAAGAAAUUGGCGCAUACUUGGAGUGGCCACACGAAAGGAGUUUCAACUAUUAGGUUCUUCCCCAAGCAUGGCUAUUUGAUUAUUUCUGCUGGAAUGGACACGAAAGUGAAGAUUUGGGAUGUUUUCAAUUCAGGCAAGUGCAUGAGGACUUACAUGGCCACAUGGGGCACUCAAAGGCGUGCUGCAGUAGUGGUUAAAGCUUUUGCAGAUGAAUCUGCAAGCUCGAAAACACACAUACAGUGGGAUAUGAACUCUGGACAGAUUAUUCAAGAGUAUGAUCAGCAUCUUGGAGCAGUUAAUACAAUCACAUUUGUAGAUGACAAUAGGAGGUUUAUGACUUCUAAUAGUGAUGAUAAAUAUCUCCGGGUAUGGGAGUUUGGCAUUCCUGUUGUUAUAAAGUACAUUAGUGAAUCCCAUAUGCAUUCUAUGCCCUCCAUUUCACCACAUCCAAAUGGGAAUUGGCUUGCGGCCCAGAGUUUGGAUAAUCAAAUCCUUAUUUAUAGUACUAGGGAGAGGUUCCAGCUGAAGAAGAAGAAGAGAUUUGCUGGACAUAUUGUAGUUGGGUAUGCCUGUCAGAUUAAUUUCUCACCUGAUGGGCAGUUUGUCCUGUCAGGAGAUGGUGAAGGUAGAUGUUGUGAGGAAGAAGAAAGCAAGUUAAUGAAAUGA